CACAGCAUUCUGUGUUAUUUGCAAAUAACUCUAUGCUGUGAGCCCAUGACAAUGAAGCUGAUUUACUGCUGUCUUUUGGCCGUCGCCAUCCAUGGCUACCUGGUAGGUGCUCAACCUGGAAAGCCUCAGUAUCCUUCGAAGCCUCAGCAACCCCAGCAGCCUCAGUAUCCUCAGCAACCCCAGCAGCCUCAGUAUCCCCAGCAGCCUCAACAACCCCAGCAGCCUCAGUAUCCUUCGAAGCCUCAGCAACCCCAGCAGCCUCAGUAUCCUCAACAACCCCAGCAGCCUCAGUAUCCCCAGCAGCCUCAACAACCCCAGCAGCCUCAGUAUCCUUCGAAGCCUCAGCAACCCCAGAAGCCUCAGCAACCCCAGCAGCCUCAGUAUCCUUCGAAGCCUCAGCAACCCCAGCAGCCUCAGUAUCCUUCGAAGCCUCAGCAACCCCAGCAGCCUCAGUAUCCCCAGCAGCCUCAACAACCCCAGCAGCCUCAGUAUCCUUCGAAGCCUCAGUAUCCUUCGAAGCCUCAGCAACCCCAGCAGCCUCAGUAUCCUUCGAAGCCUCAGCAACCCCAGCAGCCUCAGUAUCCUUCGAAGCCUCAGCAACCCCAGCAGCCUCAGUAUCCUUCGAAGCCUCAGCAACCCCAGCAGCCUCAGUAUCCUCAGAAGCCUCAGACACCUACAGAGACAUUUCACACCUGCGAUGUGCCUGCACCCUUCAGGAUACAAUGUGGCGCCCCGACCAUCUCUAACACAGAAUGUGAAGCUAUAAACUGCUGCUUUGAUGGACGUAUGUGCUAUUACGGCAAAUCAGUGACUCUUCAGUGCACCAAGGAUGGCCAGUUCAUCAUAGUUGUGGCUAGAGAUGCCACUCUACCGCACAUUGACUUAGAGUCAAUAAGUUUGCUAGGAGGUGGUCCAAAUUGUGGUCCUGUUGGUACAACUUCAGCUUUUGCCAUCUACCAAUUCCCAGUGACUGCCUGCGGCACCAUCAUGACGGAGGAACCAGGUGUUAUAAUCUAUGAGAACAGGAUGGCCUCUUCCUAUGAAGUGGCUGUUGGACCUUAUGGGGCUAUUACCAGGGACAGCCAAUAUGAGCUGUUCGUACAGUGCAGAUACAUUGGCACUUCUAUUGAGGCUUUGGUAAUUGAGGUUGGUUUACUUCCUCCACCACCCGGAGUUGCAGCUCCUGGACCUCUGCGUGUGGAGCUCAGGCUUGGGAAUGGAGAGUGUGCUGUCAAGGGUUGUACCGAAGAGCAAGUGGCCUACACUUCCUACUACACAGAUGCUGACUACCCUGUCACAAAGAUUCUCAGAGACCCAGUGUACGUUGAGGUCCGAAUCCUGGAGAGAACUGAUCCCAACAUUGUUUUGACUCUUGGAAGAUGCUGGGCAACUGCUAGCCCUUUCCCUCAAAGUCUUCCGCAGUGGGAUUUGCUUAUUAAUGGAUGCCCCUACCAGGAUGACCGCUACCGUACAAACCUCAUCCCUGUGGACAGUUCAUCUGGACUGCUGUUUCCAACCCACUACAGGCGUUUUGUUUUCAAGAUGUUCACAUUUGUGAGUGGUGGUGGUGGAGCUUCUGAUGCUACCAAGAAGACACCUUCGGAUCCAUCAUGGAAUCCACUUCAUGAAAAGGUGUAUAUACACUGUGAUGCUGCUGUGUGCCAGCCUUCUAUGACAAAUAGCUGUGAGCCAAGUUGCGGCAGGAAAAAGAGAGAGAUUUCUGGUUCCACCAAGAUGAUCUCCAGAGAAGAAGCCACCAUUGUUAGCAGCAAGGAAGUUGUCUUCACUGCAACUGAGUAAAAACGUUGCAAUGACAUUUCCAUCAUCAUGUGUAAUUUACUGAUGUGUGCUUAAAAUCAACUGAGUUUAAAAUAAAUACCAUACUGGAA